UUUCUCUUCCUCUGUUUCCUUCAUUCACACACAGAGAAAGAAAACACGAAAACUCUGACAAAAGAGAUGAUGGAGUGGGAUAAUCAGCAGCAACCCAAUAACCACCACUCUUCAAAUCUCCAAGGGAUGGACGUUAAUGGUGGCUCUGGCUCAGGAGGAAUGUAUAUGAGGGUGAUGACCGACGAGCAGCUUGAAACUCUGAGGAAACAGAUUGCUAUCUAUUCCACUAUUUGUGAACGUCUUGUUCAGAUGCACAAAACACUCACUUCUCAGCAAGAUCUUGCAGGAGGGAGAAUAGGAGGUCUAUAUGCAGACACAACUAUAGCUCACAAGAUGACAGGUAGGCAGAGGUGGACUCCUACGCCAUUGCAGCUUCAGAACCUAGAGCGUUUAUUCGAUCAAGGCAUAGGAACACCGAGCAAGCAAAAGAUCAAAGACAUAACCGAUGAGCUUAGCCAACACGGUCAGAUUGCUGAACAUAACGUCUACAACUGGUUCCAGAACCGGCGUGCUCGUUCCAAGAGGAAGCAGCAUGGUGGUGUCGGCUCUUCUAGCCACAAAAAUGGUGAGGGUGAGGUCGAGACUGAAACUGAGACAUUGAAUGAGAAGAGAAAGAGACCAGAGAGUCUUGUUGGUCUUCCUGAUGGAAACGACAAUAACAAUGGCAUUGGGACAACAGCUACUACUACUAGUCCUAGGCCUGAAGACCUUUGCUUCCAGAGCCCUGAGAUGAGCUCGGAUCUUCACUUUCUAGGAGUCUUAUCAAACCCAAGCAUUUCAGGCUGUGAUCAUGUUGAAGACUAUGACAUUUCGGGCUGAAUAAUACAAGGUGAGGAGACUUCUAAUUAUCAGAGAUCAAAGAUUAGUAGCCAGCCUUAAGCAAUUUUAGACUUAAUUUUAUAUUUUCUGGGGGUUUAGUGGUAUUUUGGUUUUUGUUUUUUUCAUGGAAUGUUGAAUGGUCUCUUAGAGCUUGUUAUGCAUGCUUUGAUAACUUUUUUUUUUUUGCUUUGAUAUUCUUAAUAUAAUAAUAUUAACAA